AUGGCGAACAGAGCAUUCUUAAACAAACAUAGUUUGUCUCACUUGUCUGUUCUUGAUUCCUCCCCUGCCAAAGACCGCGCGCAAAAUGGAAGAGCAUUGAGCGUUCGACCCAGAAGAUUGCUUUGCAAAGGGGCCCUUGCCACCCCCACGGACCAAUUAGAAAAUAAAAAGUUAAAAGAAAGAGUCAUAAAAAUAUUGAAUGAAGAUGAAAGUAGUCUUGGUAAAAUGCUAAACAACGUAGUGCACGAUGCCAGUUACCAAGAAGAAUUUAAUGCAUUAUUACAUGACAAGGGAUUUGAAAAAGAGUUUAACGAAUUAGUUAGCGACAGUAGUUCGGAAGAGGAUAUAUCCAGUUCUUUACAUUCAUUGAGUACUUACGAUGGAGAUGAUAUAACUCGUACAGGUUUCGCAGCCUACCCUCAGCCACCUAAUUCAACGACAGAUAGCCCAAUUCUAGAAACACAUCUCACUUCUCAAACUUAUGAUGCAAAUUUGAAGAAACAGUCCCAUCCAACAAUACCUAACCCAGAAAUUCGAGAAAGGUUAAGUCAGGAACCAAAAAAAUUCGGAAGCGUUGACCAAUUUCUAGACGAAAUACAGAAAGCCGAUAACGUGAAAAAGAUGAUUGAGAUAUUGAAAUUUUAUGGAAAUUCCGAAGUUCCUGUUACGUUAGCUGAAAAAACAGAGACAACUCAACAGGUGCCCCAAAAUUGGGAGAUCUACGCACAAGGACAAUCCGGAUGGGAAUCAUCAGCACAUGCUAAAUUGAAGUCUCAACUAGAAGCAAAGCUGCACGACCAAUUGCAAAUGCAAGUUCAGAAACCUCCACCUAGAAGAAUCAGAACCAGGCCAAAAUCGUUUUUGGGACUUAUAUAUAAAAUGCUCAACAAGGUAGACAGCAAGUACGAAGACCAUCUGCUGAAAGUCUUGACAACUAAUUAUAGGUUUCUCGUUAAGAAUGGAAAAAUGUUAAGGUUAAGAUACUACCUCGACCUUAUUUUAUGCCUUUCGCCAGUCCUUUUUUGGGGUACCCUUCUGGGCAUUUCUGCAUUGAAUUAUCCAAUGUCACCCUUCGUUCUUUUCGCCGUAAUCGGGUCCCUUUCCGUGCUUUACGUCCUCUUCAAAUUGUGGAACUGCAAGCGUAUCUGCAAGGGAAUAGGCAAAUAUAAGUUGCGCAAGAAGUUCAAGCAAAUGGUUGACUAUUGGAAGAAGUAG